GAUUUUAUGGGCAUUGAUGGUAUCCCAUUUGAACUGAUUGAAAUAUUUAUAAAGCAAACUAUAACUCGUUUAAAGAGAAUAGUUCAGGAUCUUGAAACACGCUUAGAGUUAAAAGUACCGACGGAGCAGAUGAAGAAUCAGACAAAGGCUGGUUACAAUCAUUUGCAUAAUUUACAACGGCUCUGUGAAGAUGAAGAACGUUUAUUGAAAGAAUGGCUAAGCGAAUUUACAGACAGUGUUUCUUUGUCUCAAGAGAAGAUAAAGCAAAGUGAAGAAGCUGAAGAUGCGGAUAUUAAGGGUGACAAAAUACAGUUUUCAGGAACUCACCUCACUGGUGACAAAAAGAGAAUAUAUGACGAUUUGGGUACAUCUAAGAUGUUGACACAAGACAAGAUAAGACCCUCAGAGAUCUAUUUAAGGCACGCAAAGGUUAUGGCUUUGAAAGAGUAUGAUGAGAAAACACAGCAAGCCUUGACACAAAUGCUCCGACCAGGUCCUGCAUUGCUAAUUGAAAGUACCGACCAAAAAUUUGAUGAACAGACAAUUAAAUCUCACCACAAUAUAUUGGUUUCCGAUCACCUUUUUGAGCGUGAUUCAAAUAUUGUGGAAGACAUUAAGGCGUUCUUGUCAGAGUUAACGUCACAUUUUGAAACAAAACUGAUUAAGGAUCCUAAACUACAAAGCAAAAUAGAACAAGCAUCAAGUGUAUCCCUAGAGCAGCCAAGUGAAGAUGAACUGAAACGUAGUAUGCCUCUUAAACUACAUAAGGAAAAGGAUCAAGAAGAGAGCGGACCUAUUAAAGUUCAAGACGAAUAUAUUUCGACGUCUUCACAAUUACCUAUCAAAGUUCAAGAAAGUGCGUCUUUACAACUACGAGGUGAACGUAUAACAUUGUGGUGUAUUCAACGGAUACAAGAUCAUUUCGAGUGCAUAACGGUCCAACUGAAACGGAUAAGAUUGUCUCUCUCUCGAGUGUACAAGAGUUUAAAUUACAUUGAAAAUGAAAAUAAAAAUACCACCCGAAAAUCCUUGGAUCUUCCAACUUUAACAAAGGAAUGGUCUCACGUUAAACAGCUUGCACAGGAUUGCAAAAAUUCAAAUGAUAUGAUAGACUAUACACACAGUCUGUCUAUAUGGUCUAGACAUCGGCUAGAUCAUGAAAGAGUGGAAAGGUUAAGAGAGAUAUUAAAAGAGUUGGAAACAAAAAUAUGAUCGAUUCAUUUUAACAAGAAAGAAAAAGAAAGGAAUAACACUGUUCUCUAAAAAGUACCAAUUUAAAACACAAAUAAGACAUUUGUACUUGUAAGUGUUAAUAGCGAACUCUAAGGCUUGUUUUAUAAUCAAGCUUCAAAUUAAAUAUGAUAACACAUUCAGACCAGGUUAAAAAUUGCAUACUUACAUAUUAUUUGUAUUCAGAAACUUUCUAAUAAUAACACUUCUUACAUACAAAAACUAUAAAUUAUUUUGUUCAGAUAUAAAAUGUUAAGCUACUUGUAGCUUUGAUAAAAUUAUGAUUGAAAGCUUUGUAUAUAUUUGCAUUGCUUUAUAUGAAUUAUGAAUAAAUGAUAAUAUAUUUGUACGAGUAAAGGAUAAUGGUUGCUCACUUACUUGUUGUAGUUUUUUGAUACGUUUGUCAUAAUGCACCUUUGUUAUGAUAAUAUAAUGUAUAACACUAUCAUUUUUGAAUGAGUUGCAUAUAUGAUGUUGUCUGGAUUUGUUUUAUUUGUAUCAAUUUGUUAAAUAUUAAUCAGAAAAUGUAUUCUUCUUAAGAUAGAUGAGAUAAUGCCUCAAAUGGGCGCAAAUUAUUGAAACGCUUGAAAUAUGAUGUAAGAAUAACGCCAAGUAACAUAUACGUAACAUCAAUGUAACAAAUAUGAGAGCUCUAACACUUAAUAUGACACAUAUCUAUAAUGAGAUUA